AUGUCAGGGCCCGCCAAACCCCAACCCCCCGGCUCAUUCCACCAUGUCAGGGCCCGCCAAACCCCCAACCCCCGGCUCAUUCCACCAUGUCAGGGCCCGCCAAACCCCCAACCCCCGGCUCAUUCCACCAUGUCAGGGCCCGCCAAACCCCAACCCCCGGCUCAUUCCACCAUGUCAGGGCCCGCCAAACCCCCAACCCCCGGCUCAUUCCACCAUGUCAAGGCCCACCAAACCCCCAACCCCCCCGGCUCAUUCCACCAUGUCAGGGCCCGCCAAACCCCCAACCCCCGGCUCAUUCCACCAUGUCAGGGCCCGCCAAACCCCCAACCCCCCGGCUCAUUCCACCAUGUCAGGGCCCGCCAAACCCCCAACCCCCCGGCUCAUUCCACCAUGUCAGGGCCCGCCAAACCCCCAAACCCCCGGCUCAUUCCACCAUGUCAGGGCCCGCCAUACCCCCAACCCCCGGCUCAUUCCACCAUGUCAGGGCCCGCCAAAACCCCAACCCCCGGCUCAUUCCACCAUGUCAGGGCCCGCCAAACCCCCAACCCCGGCUCAUUCCACCAUGUCAGGGCCCGCCAAACCCCCCGGCUCAUUCCACCAUGUCAGGGCCCGCCAAUCACCACCCAAAAAACACCCUCUCCCCCUCCCUCCCUGUGUCCUUAG